AAUGAUGUAGGAAGUCGAGAAUGGCCCAUUUUUUUAAUGGAAUUUCAUCGUACUUGGCAUUUUCAUAAAACCGCCUUCCCAGAUAACCAACAUAACCUACAUUGGCACUUAUUGAUGCUCCGGGGAGUAAUGCAGAUCUGUGAAUUUACACCUCCUCCAAAUGAUUCCGACAAAACAGAUCGACUCAUGCGCUCAAUGAUUCGAAUUAAAAACUCAUCAAAGUCUAAUGUU